AUGAAUCCUCUCAAUCUUGAGCUUGCUGCUCCUUCUAUCCACUAUAUCAAUAGCCAGUGCCAUGAAAAGCAUGAACUUUCUGCCUUGUCAGGGCAUGUCAUUCUCUCAGCAACUUCAUUUUUGCCCCUGAUCAAUGUGACUGAGGUCCACGUUCGGCUCAUUCAAGUUUUUACAUCCACAACCGACAGCAAAAGUACUCGGCGGAUUUCGUGUCCUUCAUUCUACAAUCGAACGAGCAACUCAACCCAGCUUGAACCAAGCAUUGAACGGACCCUUGGAGAUGUUUCUCUGCCAAUAUUGUCUAAAGAAAGAUUUGAGACUUCUCCAGGGAGCAUUGUCUCAAACUCCUACUUCUGCCUGGACAUUCCAACGAAUAUACCCGCAACAACAAAAACGCCUCUUGGAACCAUCACCUACACGAUAGAAGCCACAGCAGCGACAUCAAAACAUAGGAUUAUCACCCACCGUCGGCCCUUAAGACUCAACCGCCAGAUGAUUCAGUCUGAUCUGACAAAAACUCAACAUCACCUAUCCUUCCCAACCUCGAACGCUAUACAAAGAAUGACCCUAACACAAAAUUCAACACCGAGGUCUGGGCCGAGGAUCUCAUUCACAGCUACAAUCCAUACUCAUUGGAAGACAGCCCCAGCGGAUCGAGAAACAGAGCUCUGUCAUCUUGUGGUACGAGAGCUGAGGUGGCAUGCCGAAGAGAUAGUCAAGGUCAUGAGCAAGCCUGACAGCCCAGAUGAGAAAUAUUCUAUCUGUGAACGACAGUCGGUGCGCAAAUUAUGUGAUGGAAGUAUAAAAGGGUACUGGGGAUCUGGCAUCAAUCCAUACGUCAAACAACUGCAUGGAUAUAAUGUCGAGGGAAAGGGAGGAGAGAAGCCAGCUAUUUGCAUUCCGUUUGGGUUUACAAUUCCAAAACGGGCAAUGGCUGUGGAUGACAUUGACCUUGUCGCAUAUGGGAUCGGCACUGAUAGGGCUGACCAUGCUCCACAGUGUAGUUUUCCCGAGGAACUUUCUUUCCCCUCGGGCAAAAUGGUAAAGGGAAUUACUGUGCACCAUCAGUUGAAGAUCGAACUUGUUACAGGGGAAGAUGUGUUUCAUACCGGUACUAGCAAGCUUGUGGAACGGAAACGGUUGCGGACUAUUGCAUGUUCUGCAAUUCCAUUGAAUGUCUGCGAAGUAUCUAUCUAG